UUUUAGUAGCAGAAUAAGAAGUAACUAACUCCUGAUAGUUGUACCAACGUAUUUGCAUGAUUUUGCAAGAAGAACUGUUUUUAUCAGGAAUUAUAUGCGUGGCAACGUCGAAAACAAACACAUGGUCGACUUUCUCUCGUUGCUCUCCUCCAAUCGAAUCUGCCAGCAGAGGAGCAAAUGACGUUCUAGGAGCUGCUGGCCAUCAAGACCGCAUGCUUGUUGCUUGUUAGAAGCACCACAAGCUUCCUGAUCCCGAAGCUCCUGAGAAGUAGCACUUCGUUGCGUCAACAUUCAAGAUGCCAGCAGCAGUUGGUGCACGUCCCAUGGAUGUCGAGGGCGGCGAUCCUGAGGACGUAAACCGCCUUUUCAUCAAGCAAGUGAUCAUUCACGGAUUCAAGACGUACAAGGACCAGACGCCGCUGCCAGUCGACUUUCACCCAGGAAGCAAUAUUGUUGUUGGUACAACUUUUUUCGUCAUGUUCUACCUGUGUGCGUGUGGGUGUACUGUAACAUAUUCAGAGUUCUUCGAAGCAAUGUGGUGUAGAGAAGCAUCUGUUCGCAUGUUUUUCAUUCAUCAUGUUCGUAUCCCUUGUGGAAGAAGCAGGUCGCUUAAAGUUCAAUCAAACUGUAAGACCAGGUUUCAACGGUAGUGGCAAAUCGAAUUUUUUUAAUGCGAUUUUAUUCGUCAUUUCCGAUGAGUUCGGCCAGUUGCGUCCGGAGGUGAAGAAGGGCUUGCUUCACGAGGGUGCGGGUAAGCAAGUACAGACUGCCUAUGUGGAAAUCGUUUUCUGCAAUAGAGGAGGAAAAUUGCCAAUUCAGAAGUUAAGAAAGGUAGAAGUAAGUACUAAUUAGUUCCUUGAAAAAUGAAUUAUAAGCCAAGCACCAUUGUUGGAUUGUCGAUAGUAUGCACCUUGCUGGAUUUCCUAGAACCUACAACGAACAGGAGCCAUUAAACAAUAAGGAUGAAUUUAUACCUGCAAAUCUUCUAAAAGCCGAAGAAGUACGGCUUCGACGGGUGAUUGGGCUCACGAAGGAUAAUUACAUUCUCGAUGGACGCAGCAUCACGAAGAGUGAGGUUUUUAACCUCCUGGAGUUAGGGCUUCCCGUAAUUCAUCUUCAGAGGCGUCUUUGCCACGUUUUCAAGGGGAAAACGUUUCAAAGAUGACGCUCAGGAUGAAUGUGGGUAAGCUCUAAGAGAGUCUGCAGGCUUUGCGAAGAAUAACCCCUACUACAUCGUGAAGCAGGGCAAAGUGCAAGAGAUGACCGUCAUGACGGACGAAAGGAGAUUAACGCUGAUUAUGAAGAAGACCAAGACUUGUCGUGGUUAAGUCUAUCUAGAUUGAGUGUUGGGGGUAGAUUUUUAGAUAAAGGAAGAAAAUACAAACAGCGUUUCCAAUAGGGUUGCCUAAGUUGAAGUGAUUUAGAUUUUUUCCCCAUGUCAUCUAUGGUCCAUUUUCAUACCUCUGCAAGAGAUCGCUGGCGUUACUGUCUUCGACGAGCGGCGGGAUGCUUCUUUGAAGAAAAAGGACGAGAUCGAGAGGCGGAAAGAUGAUAAUGAGCGGAAAAUUAACACGAUGCAAGCGCGUGUGGAUGAGCUAGCCCAAGAUCAGAAGGAAUUGAUGGAGUUCCAAAAGCUGGAUAGGGAAGAUCGCGCUCUGAAGUACGUUCAGGCCAUGGCCACGCAGAAGGAGAACAGUAAUAGACUAGAGGAAAUCGAAAGAGAGCUGCGCAAUCUCGGUGGUUCUGCUGCAGAAGCUCGAUUGGCUGAGUUGGAGGAAGAAAAAAAUGAAUUAGAGGGCAAGAGGUUACGGGCUAACGACGAUAAGUGUAGGGUGGAGUAUGCUCUCGACGAUUUGGAUAAGCAAAUCGAGCAAGUCGACAGCAAUAGGAAGGCUGCGCAGGACGAAUUGAAGCGAGCUGAAAAUGCGAAGGCGAGUGAGGAGAAGGCAAGACAGGAGUUUCAAGAAGCUGUGAAAGCAUUAUGAACUUCAACCUUUCAUAUAUUAUUGGCUUAGGGUCUCAUUCCACGUUAUUCCGCAAAAAUAUAACUCUUUUACUUUCCUUUCAUAUAGUUCAUGACCUUCAUGGGUACACUUGUGAAAGUGUAUCGUCCCGCCGGUGAUCUAGGAGUAUCACCAGGGAUGCCAACCAAUCAUAUAGUUCAUGGGGACUGGGUGGCAUAAUCCAACCCAUCGCCCCUUAUACUAAUAAAGCCUCCCACACUUUCAUAGCCUUGCGAAAAGGAAUUGGCACAGUGUGAUAAGGAGGAAGCAGACAAAAAGCCGAAGCUGGAGGAGUUGAACGAGGACAUGUCGAAAAGGCAAACGGAGCUGACCGAAAAGGAUGUCCGGUUGAAAGCAUUGAUUUAAGGCCUGUUGAUUUUCUGUGCAAACCUUUCCUGGCUUUUGGCUACCUCUCAUAGAUUUUGCACCGUUUGGUCAGCUACUUUCUUUCCUGUCUAGGAUUUUGAGCAACGGAUGAACCUGAACUGUUUGCGUUCCUUGGUUCGCAAAACAUCCAUGACUAGAGAUAUCUCUAAUCACUGGGGAAGAAGGUAAAUGAGUCGAGAUACAAGACGGUCGCUGCAAGGGAUAAAGGUACUUACAGACAUUUUUCUUUUUUGUAAUUACAGACAACUUGCUAGAGAUUUUUCUUUUCGUUGUACGUACUCGCACACUCCUGGUUCCUUUGAUACAUAGAACUAUGCACUUCUACUUUCAAAGAACGAGAAAGAGUUUUCAUCUUAUGCUUGCUGCAAGAAUUUGUGCGCUGAAUUGUUCUCUUGGUUUGCACCAAGUACAACAAAGAAGUGCAGCAUUUCUCCUCUUCACCCACAUUAUUUCUCCUCUUUAGCUUUGAAGAAGGAGAUCGCGGAUAACGAACAGAGGUUGCUGGACUACGAGAAGAAAUUGAAGGAGACAGAGGCCUCCCGCGUCAAGCUGGACGCAGAGAUUAUCGACUUACAAGGCCAGCAACAAGGAGUGAAAGAAGAACGUGACAAAAUCGAAAAGGAACAUUAUGAAUAAUGCAUUAUCAUUAUUGAUGGAUUCUUGCAUGUUGUAGUUUGUUAAAAAAAGUUUUGAUUUCUUGAGGGAAAGGGGUUGCAUGUUUAUGUUACAAAAAAAGGUUGAGCAGGUCGAUGUUGAAGUCCUUAUCCCAAGUAAGCAGUGGUCUAAAUGUCCUACAGUCAUCCUAGUAUUCAUCCUAUGCUCUUCCCAGUAUUCUCCCGUGUUUUAUCAUCUCUUCUUCUUCUUCCUCUUCUUCUUCUUCUUCUUCUUCUUCUUCUUCUUCUUCUUCUUCUUCUUCUUCUUCUUCUUCUUCCUCUAUUCUAAGAAAGGCUGCAGCCGAAUAGGCAGCAGUACAGUGAAGUGGACAAGCAUUUGACAGAAAUGCUUGAGAAGAAGGCUGAAAGUGACAGACUUGCGCAACAAGUCCGUACAGAGAUCGGGAGGAUGAGAAUUAAGGCCAUAAUAUGAAUCAGAGUAAUAUAAAGGGCUAUAAUAAUGAUAUCAAACAUUCAUGGUGGAAACCUAGAGACAAUAUUGGAGUGUUUGAUUUAUCACUCUGUUGACAUCGAUUGCUGUUGUAAGUAUUCUUUUUCAGUUAGAAAAUGGUGCGAAGGAUCAUGUUCCGAUCUUUUCACGUAGGAAAAAAGACAGGUAGAUGAAAAGGAAGCAGGAUGAGAGAAAGCAUCUGAAGAGGAUAGCCCUCAAGAAGGACAUCACCCCUGACGCUCAAGGAUAGCCCGCCCUCAAGGAUAGUCCGUUCUCAACAACCCACUCUCGUUGAGCUCUAACGCCUAAGACGCUGACCACAGGCGAUCCGAUCUCAUGAAAAGUAUACCGUCGAAUGUCAAGAAAUGCAUCGAAAAUCUGGAUUGGUACAUCGACAAUCCUGCCUGCGAGCCACACAAUAGUUAAGACUGAACACUUCUCAUAACACUUAUCCCAUUUGGAGUGCAGUCAGGAGAACUAUUCUAUUUUGGUGUGCAAAAACAGGCUAUAUCACGAACCAACGCAUGACCUAGGUUAUCUAGGAUUGCAAUUUUUACUACUAAUGUAGAGACUUCAUCUCAUAACUACAUUUAUUCCACGUUUUUACUACUAUCGGUCUUCUAAGAUAGAAUGUCCGAAUUGCAGGGAAAAUAUUGGGGACCGUUGUUGCGCAAUAUCUGGGUGAAGGAGUCCUACAGAGUUGCAGCUGAGAGCGUGCUGGCAGGCAAUCUUUUUCACGUACUUGUACAAGACGAUGAAGCGGGAGCUGCGAUCUUGAAAUUAUGUUCUGGCUGGUAACAUAAACGCUUAGCAAAGGCACCUUAUCCUAUCCCAUCCUAUAGGGUUGUAGAAACUAAUAUUUUCUGCACCUAUGAACUGGAAAGAUUGAAAAGUGGGACACUAUUCUUCUUAUCGUUGUUGUACUUCUUAGUUAGGACGAAAUAGACGGCGCAGUUAGCUUAACAUGAACUAGUGUGGUCUUGGAAGGUACCAUACAUCGAAAUUUUUUAUAGCGGCAACGGAAUGCAACAUAAUGCUCUAAGUCUAGCCGUCAAGGAGUACAACAUGGGUCGAGUGGAGUGCGUGCCUUUGAACAAAGCCGAAAAACGCCCACGACGAAAUUAUCCGAGUGGAGGUGGCGGACGUGAUAAUUACGAGAAAAGCGAUCUGCUUAGCUGUAGCAACUGUGUGUAUUCGAAAACUGAAAAUAAUCGAGUUACUGACUGAAAUAAGGGAGGUAGCUUAACGUCAAGGCUACUCUUCCUUCUCAUCGGUAUCUCGGUUAUUCUGAUCAGUUUAUUGCUUAUUUCAGUUUUUCGAAUAAGUAUAUAAGGAGUAUAUCGGAUUAUCGCUGUGUAACUGGAACUACUGUUCUAGCCUAUAGCUUUUUUUGCCACGAGGAGGUGGAGGUACGUAGCUUGUUAGAGUAAGGUGGAAGUGCACUGCAACUUUGAAGAUCCUGAGGUUCUGCAUCCACCUUUCUAAGAUUUUUCCUGCGUACCGAUGAUCGACGUUAUUGGCUGCCCUGCGUGGCUUAAACCGGUGGUCGAGAAUCUGGUUGGUUCAUGGCUCAUCUGCAAGGACCUCGAUAUGUGUGCUCGCUACGCCAAAAGCGGCGAGUUCGAUUGUAUCACCCUAGAGGGAGACAAGGAGCAACGCACGGGUAUCAUAACCGGUGGCGCGCAGAAGCCGAAUAGAUGCGUCAGAUUCAAACUUCAAGCUGCCUUAACGGAAGUAGAGGACGAUAUCAUUAUGCAAAAGUUUACUCAUCUUCAAGAACAGAACUAUAUAGAAGAUGCUAACAGUACUGUUAUAUAUCCAAGGUUAAUCCCACCAAGCAAAUCAAUACUCCGAUAUUCGUAGAUUUGUGGCCGAUUGUACGGUCUUAUGCGCCCCCAGUAUGUAACUUGGAUGAUCUUAGUUGAGCAUGUUAAUUAAUUGAUUGAAAGGGCGGUGGUAUAUAGUCCUAACGCAAAAAAAAUACCCGACAUCUUCAAGUGUUAUCAGCGCUAAACAAGCUACUUCUAGAAAAGGUCUUUGUUUAUUAAAUCAUCCUGUCUUGAUGUCCCGCCGUCCAAUUAGUAGAACUAAGUCGUUGGAUACACGAUCAAAAUCCGUUUUCACUUUCAAUAUUUCCUCAUUGAUAUGGUUGAAGAUGAAAAUACAGUUUGGUGGUUGCUGGCAUGAUCUAACAAGCAAGUGAAAGAGGAGAAGUACAAUACGCGGAGACAGGAAGCGGCGGAGAAGGAGAGGGAAAGGGCGAAGACACAAGAAACGUUGGACCAGCUGAAGGAGAAGAGUAUGCGCUAUCAAAGAGAGAUUAGCAGUAAAACGGAACAGAAGGCUUUGCUUUUAAGGUUCUUUGACGUAUUUUCAAAGAUGUUGGACUACAGGGUUCAGGAUUUGCAUAAAUAAAAGUAGAGUGCCUGUUGUAGUUUCUUUCUACCCAAACCCAAUAAAUGGGCACGCCACUAACCGACAUCAAUACUGCCACUAGCGUGUGGCAUCACUAAGACACGACACUAGACUCGAAGCAGUAUCCUUGUAUGAUCAAUCAAUCUAUCCCUUGUGUGGCAUAGAUCCGUUGUAGUUUCUACCCAAACGAUCCUAUCCGUUCUAAGACUCGGGGACCAAAUCGCUGAGAAGGUCAGAAAAGCGAACGAGAUGAAAAGCGACUGCGAACGGACAGAAAGAAGUAAACUUGAAUGCCAGAGGAUGAUUGAGCAUCGCAAGAAUGAGAUGAAGUCCAAAGUUUUGGCUGGUAUCUAUUUUUACCUUGUGCCUGUUAUUGUCUACUGGUGUUUCUAUUCUUGUGAGUUAUUUACUUGUAUGUAUGUUGUUAACUUCUACUUGUUAGUGUGGAGUAGUAAUAUUGAUGAUGUUGAUAACAGGUAGAAGGAUCUUCAAUUGCUUUGCUAUACUUUGUGACGUUUUCGUUCUUGUCCGGGAAGAAUCUAAGUGUAAUAAAAUAUUAAUUAUACCUUUCUGAAGAUUUCCAUCAUCCUCGGAGGCGAGCAGCGGGUGCCUGUUGGGCUCGUUGUGAAGGAUCCAUAACCUAACCUAACCAUUCGCUGCUAACUGACUCUCUUCGUGGAACACAACUUUCCUCGCCAUCUUCUUCAAUUUUCCACGACGCCUCAAGGUCUUACGGAGGCAGAACAUGAGGAGUUGGAUAAGCUGAAGGUGGACGUUGAGAAUGACGGACAAGCCGUGAAGCAGCUGGAGCGGAACCAAAAGCAGCUCCAAGAAGAACUAGCCAAUUUAACGACAAGGAAAAAGAAAGCAGAAACCACGCACGCUGCAAAUGAGGCGAAUCUACAGCAGACGACAUAUUUAUGAGCAGGGACAGGAGGUUACAAUUACAUUUUCUCGUAGAAGCUUUUUUUUACCCUAGUUAGUAAGAAGGUGAUCUUGCUUUUUUUUCUUGUGUAUUCUGAGGACACCGGCGGACCUAAUUCGAUUGUGUGAUGUACUAACCUCUGUUGUUCCACCCGUUUCCUCCGCUCCCUCCUUGCUGAAGAAGCCAAGAACCUUUCCACUUGUUCAUAUUCGAGUCACGAGAAUGACGAGAAGAUCAAAGAGCACGUGGCGAAACUGGCACAGAUAGACAAUGAAAAAGCAAAAAUCAGUCACGAAAGAGAACUACUGGAACCAGAGAAGCGAAAAGCAGACGCUGACUUCGCAGAGGCGUUUGACAAGCUCAACGCGGUGAUGGCAGAACGACUUAUGUCCAACGUAGUUUGUGAGAAUGAGAUAAUAUCUGAAAGAACAAAAAUCUCUCGCAAUAUCAUAGGAUAUCUGAGAUUCCAUCGUACUGAGAAUUCACCGUCAAGGAAAAAGUCUUAUUCCUCUCUACUUAGGUGGUCGUAGUCUGCAUCAAAAUUUUCACCUUCCUGACCCUCUCCUAGAUCUAAUUUUCAAAAGAUUAGGGAGGAAGCUGAGGACAGUCGUGGGCGACGCAGCGAGCUUAUUACUGAGCGCGAUGAAGUGACUAAAAGGUUUACAGCAGCUGAAGAGACGAAGCGUAAUUUUGCCUCCACGGGCGCUGAAGUGACGAGAUUUGAGCAAAUGACUAGACAGCAACGUGCAAAGAAGCAAGUGGAGAUUACGGUACUUCAAAUUUUGUAAGGAACACUUGGUGUUGGUCUUGGAGCCGAAGGUAAAUAAUAAGUUGCAAUGAAAUACAUACUUGCUGACUUUAUGCAAGUCGCCCAUCAUCCUCUGAGGCGAGCAGGUGCCGGCGGGGCUCGUUGUGCAGGAUCCAUAACCUAACCUAACCUAACCCAGAAACUAGAUCAUUUUCAUUUGCUUCAUUCUCCUAGCUCCCAACCAACCAACAGCGCAAGCUCCGACAGUUGGAGGGUGUAAACCCGAAAGCGUUGGACCAAUUCGUCAAGUAUCAUGAUACAGUGCAGGCGAUGCGUUCAGACUUGAAGCAGAUCCAGAAAGAACAUCUUGCUAUGGCUGGUUUCGUUACUAAACCUAAACCUGAACCUAAGUGAAAUUCGGAUUUAUUCACUGAUUCUUGUGUGAAAGUAAUUAGGCUUAUCGGAUUCAUUCGUGUGUGAUAUCCUCAUUGAGCAAUUACCUUUGAGCAAUGACCGUGGUUGCUUCGAUCUUCCGUUUCUUCUCGAGAUGAAGGAAUCUUUGAUCAUGGUCGUUCGAAAUUCGUUCUCUGACUAGACAAAUUGGUUACGGGAUUAUAGGCAGCUAGAAGUAUCGGCGAUGUAAGUGAUUUGGACACUCCUUUUGUCCUGAUAGAUUACAUGAUAAGAUACGAUGUUGGAGGACAUGAUAAAAUAGGCGGUCAAAAUUUCAGCCUUUCAUUUUUGCGAUCUCAGAGUGGAUCAAGAAAAUCGACAUGGAUAAGCACCACACGUUACUGGAGACCAUCGGAAAGGUGGACAAGCAUUUCCAGGAAUGUUUUCGCGCAUUAGUGCGCCUAGGAGACUCAAGAUUUCGAGUCAUCAAAAAUCCAGAAACGGGCUUAGGUAAAGACUGACUACAAGAUCUGACAGAUAAUGAUCAUUUUACUUGAGUCUAAUCAAUCAAUAAAGUAAGAGAUGAGUCGUGCUUAGUUGUAGAAAUUGCUCCUUACCAAUACUACAACCCCUUUCUGACAACUCUUGGACGAUGGUUUCUUGUUGUCGUUAUUUUGUCGUUAUUUCAUCAUUAACCACAACCCCAGUGACCGGAAUCCGUGUGGAAGUUGCUUUCACGGGUAAGAAAGCGAAUUAUCUUCCGAUGAACCAACUGAGUGGCGGACAGAAAACGGUGGUGGCGCUAGCUCUCAUUUUAUGGCUGUGGUUUCUUUAGAUUCUGUUGAAUUGUCAACGGUAGUUCAGUGUGGAUGGCAACGAGUUGUCUUUAAGCAAAGAGCACGCAGUUCAAAAAAAAAUAGACGAAGGCACGAAGAAGAAGCAUAGCGAGACAAUAUACUUUCUUUUCCAAAAAAAGAAACAUUCGUACUAAUACAUAGUAUGUCCAGGAAGAAUUAAACAAAACCGUCCUCCUCCUCCAAAAUAGCCAGCUCUAAUGAAAUUCGCCAUUCAAAGACUGGAGCCUGCGCCGUUCUAUUUGUUCGAUGAGAUUGACGCGAACCUGGAUACCAUGUACCGAUCUGCGGUUGCGUCGCUUAUUAACAGAGAAGCGGAAAACUGUCAAAUGAUUUUGUUAUGGCGAUAAAUGUUGUUCUGUUUGUUCUUUUCAUCGGAUCUGCUUCGUGUCAAAAAAGAUCUGAACUUCAGGGGACUUUUUAGAGAUACUUCUGAUACUCUUAACACAAAGACUUGAAUUUGAUAUAGAUAGUCCUCUAGCGAAGCUGAGGUUUUUUUUCAUGGCAGUAAAUUGCUAGAAAUCUACUUUCUAGAGGGUGAACAUUGAUGUUGGUCCCUCCUGCUUCUCAAGAGUAGAGCUUCUCUAAUCUUAACCACCUUUCGACCAGAACUGAUCGAAGGGGCAUCGCGGUUCUAUCGUGUGUACAUGAAAAACCGGACGUCCCGUGUCGAUUGCGUGACCAAGAAAGACGCAAAAGCGGCCAUUGCGGCUCAAACCAGAGCAGAGGGACUGGAUAACUAGACGGGCGGAGAAAUUGGCCAACUAGAAGGGCGGAGGGGUUGGCCAACUAGAAGGGCAGAGGGAUUGGCCAACUAGACGGGCAGAGGGGUUGGCCAACUAGAAGGUCGGAGGGGUUGGACAAGUUCUAGAUGAAUUGGGAAGGCAAUCGCAACUGCAACCUCAGAUUGUAGCUCGAGGACUAUUAAACAGCCCUGGAAGAAGAUGAAGAUACAGUACAAACCCCUGUGAUCAUCCCCUAUUUCAAUUUAAUUGCUUUUACCUUUCAGAGACCUGUUACUUCCUCAGAGACCGCAAAGUAGACGUCAUCAGAGACUAGCUUCAAUGUCUUGCUGCGAGUGCGAAUGAUACAGGUUGAUGUAGUAGACAGAGACAUUUGCGACACCGCAGUAUGGGCGACAAUUUGUGCGUAUCUCAACGACUCUCUUCAAAGGAAAGGUGAAGUAUACGUUAAAAACAAAACUAUUGCAUCUACAACUUUAGUAAAAGCGCCGGCAACAGAUAUGUG